AUGGAUUAUCAGCGGUGGCUUUCUAAGUUACUAGGUUAUGAUUUUGAGAUUGUGUAUAAACCGGGUUUGGAGAAUGCUGCAGCAGAUGGGUUGUCUCGCCAAAUCACUGAUCCGGCGACACUGUUUGCUUUGACAAUUCCUAGUUCUCUCCAGAUUCAGGAUAUCUACGAUGAAAUUGAAGCAGACCCACAGUUACAGGAAAUCAAGACCCAAGUCUUAACCAACAGUCAUAAUAACCCUCAUUAUACUGUUAUUGGUGGUCGAUUGUUAUACAAGGGACGAUUGCAGGGUUACUGCAACCUUUACCGGUUCCAGAAAGAAUCUGAUAUCUCCAUGGAUUUCAUUGAAGGGCUUCCUACAUCACAAGGAUUUAACGUGAUAUUGGUUGUAGUGGACAGGUUAAGUAAGUUUGGGCACUUUGUGGGAUUGAAGCAUCCUUUUACUGCAGCAGAUGUCGCUAAUACUUUUGUCAAAGAAGUGGUUCGAUUACAUGGGUUUCCCGAAUCCAUUGUUUCAGAUAGAGACAAGAUCUUCUUAAGCAGCUUUUGGCGUGAGUGCUUUCGUCUCUCUGGAACCAAGCUGAAGUAUAGCACUGCAUAUCACCCUCAAACUGAUGGGCAAACUGAGGUUUUAAAUCGCUUCUUAGAAACCUAUCUCCGGUGCUUUACUUCUUCUCAUCCAAAGAAAUGGUUUAAGUUUCUUUCUUGGGCAGAACUUUGGUACAACACUAGUUUCCACACUGCGAUUCAGUGUUCUCCUUUUAAGUUGGUCUAUGGACGAGAUCCACCACAGUUGCUACACUAUGAGGCUGGAACGACUAGUAACUUUGAAUUAGAGAAGAUGUUGCAGGAGAGAGAUGCAAUGCUGAUCGAAGCUAAGGAAUGUUUGUUGCGCGCUCAGCAAAACAUGAAGAAUAAUGCAGACAAGAAGAGAAGAGAUUUGCAGUUUGAGGUGGGAGCAUUCGUCUUUCUUAAGCUAAGACCUUAUAGACAACAGUCUGUGACUAAAAGAGUAUGUCAGAAGUUAUCAGCUCUUUACUAUGGUCCUUACGAGGUUCUAGCUAAGAUUGGUGCAUCCGCUUACCGUUUGCGCUUGCCUUCCGAGUCUAAGAUUCAUCCAGUCUUUCAUGUUUCUCAAUUGAAACCGGUUUUGGGACAAGGUCAUGUGGUGAAUCCCUUACCUUCAGUUCUAUCCAUUAAUGAUGAACUGAUUGUGGAACCGGAUCUGCUGUUGGAUUCACGCUAUACUGAUGAUGGUCAUUUGGAGGUUUUAUUGUCUUGGAAGGGUUUACCUGAUCACGAGAAGACAUGGGUCCGCAUGUCUGAAGCUACUCAACAAUUUCCAGAUUCCAAGCUUGAGGACAAGCUGCGUCUUCGCCAUGGGGGUAUUGAUAGCCCCUUGAGAGCUUACACACGGAAGAAAAAGAAAGAGCGGACAGGAAAAGGAAGUAUUCACACCGACUUUACUCUUGAAGAAAAGGAAGAUAUCGGAUUCACAAGCUCUUAG